AUGUCAGAAGAUUGGACAUCAAUGUCAAUCAGCAACAAUGGAGGAUCUGCCAAAGAAGAGAAGGCCAUGGAAAAAAGUUACACAGACUUGGAGGAGAAACAAGAGAUAGAACAAAGAAGAGAUAAGAAAAUCAAGCAAAAACAAGAACUUAAUCUAAGGCCUAAUACUGGAAGCAAGCAGCUGGAAUUCAGGUCAAUUGAAACUAGAGUGAAAGAGAUAAAUGCAAAAACUACAGUUAAUGGUAUAGCUCCAGGAUGGAAAAGUCUGAACAAUUACAAGGAGGCUGUUAAUGGGAGAAUUUGGAUUAUAUGGGAUGAUAGUCGGUAUGAUGUUAAGCUAAUAACUAGUUCAGCUCAGAUGAUACAUUGUCAUAUAAAUGAAAGAAGUAAAGGAUAUUUUAAUGCUCUUUUGUCACCCAAGGAUAGACUAGCUGGAGCUCCUGUGAAUCUGAAUGAGAUAAAGGAUUUUGCAGACUGUGUCAAGAUUGGUAAUGCUAGAAUCUCAAGCAGGAUUGAUAGAGCCUUUGGGAAUGAUGCAUGGAUGGAUAAAUGGGGACAUGUUAUUUUAGAAUAUGGUAAUCCUGGAGUUUCAGAUCAUAGCUCAAUGCAAUUGUUACUUCAUCAAAAUUACCAACAGGUAAGAGCAAGUUUUAAGUUCUUUAAUGUAUGGACUGAACAUGAAUCCUUCCUAGAACUGGUGGAGACAGUGUGGAAGCAGAAUAAAGGAAGGGAUGCAAUGAAGAUGGUGUGGUACAAGUUGAAGGCUCUUCAGCCUGUCUUGAAGCAGUUGAAUAGGAGAGAGUUUAAAUAUAUAGGCAAGCAGAUUGAGGAAGCUAGAAAUGAUCUUGCAGAUAUUCAAAAUCAGCUUUGUAACCAAGCAAAUGACGAUUUAGUUACUAAAGAAAAAGAUCUCUUAACAAAACUUGAAAAGUGGUCUUUGAUAGAGGAAAGUUCUCUUAGGCAAAAAGCAAGAGCAAAAUGGAUUAAGCUUGGGGAUGCAAACAACAAAUAUUUUAGCUCUGUGAUAAAGGAGAGAAAUUAUAAGAAGCAUAUUAGAAGUUUGAUGUCAAUAGAUGGAAAGAUGUUAUAUGAUCCCCAAGAGAUUCAAGAUGAGUUUGUCUUAUUUUACAAAAGUCUAAUGGGCACAGCAGCAGAUAAUCUUCCAGCUAUAAAUGUUCGGGUGAUGAAAAGGGGGCAUGUUUUGUCAAGACAACACAGAAUUCAACUUUGCGCAACAAUAACUGACCAGGAGAUAGCUGAAGCUUUGAAGUCUAUUUGA